CACUUUACAUCACUGGCAUAUUUUUUUUAAAACCCAGAGAUAUAGACCAACCAGGCUAUCCAACCAGAGAAAAUCAAGUCUUACCAUGUUAGCUGGAGAUGUUAAUCUGCAUCACUAAAGCAAGCCAGGUGGUCGGCAGCCCCUACAUCCACAGCACCAUUUUACUCAACAAUAGCGAGUUGUAUAUAAAUUGAUUUCCAUGGUUUGUUCAUCUCUGUCGCUUUGCAGGUGGCUGAGGAAACAUGGUCUGUCUCUCUGCUUGUUAAGGAGCGAGCAAUGUCACAUUUACCCCAGCACGUUAGAGACAAGUGGCUCAUAAAUAGAAGGUUCUUUGUCUGAGGAGGGAGGCUCAUCCUGACGGGUUGAGAGAUAAUGGUGGUCUCCGCUCUACUCUCUUGCCUGCUCGCUUUUCAAUUACCUUUUGUUCUUCUUGCAAGAAACAUUUCUCUCAAGUGCAUGCAAGAUACUAAUGAAUUCCUUUCUGAUCUGAAUUCAGUGAAGCCCAAAGAAUACGCCUUGAGAAUGUAUGACUCCUUGGGAAAGCUUGGGAGCAACGUUCUUAAUGGCAAUCUGGACAGGCUCGGGUCUUACAGUGAGUGCCUCUCUGCCCACAGCCCCACUAGAAGCUUCCAAGGGCAGUAUUGCAAGCUGCAUAUACUCCAGGAUGGAGCCGAUUACAGUGUGGGCGUCUGUAUCCCUGAUUCUUGUUCUGAAGAGGAUGUGACUAUGAUGUCUCAGCAGGAUAUUUUAAGAUUUAGAAAUGCUUCAUUCUCAGCCCCCUCCCUCUCCUUCUUUGUGCCGAAUUCUUCCUCCUUGGCUGGUGGGAGUGUGGCCAGAUGCGCUGCUGGAACGUUCCCUCUGGACACUGUCACUGCCGUGUGUCUGUUCAUCACCUUGCUGGGUCUUGCUCUCCCCCUUGCUGGAACAGUCUGCAUGGCUGCCCGGGCCCUCAGGACCUCGCCUGCAGCAGGCAGUGCCCCCUGCAUCAGUUACGGGAGCCUGCCUCUGAGACAGCUGGAGAGCGAUGGGCCCAGAAGCAGGGCGUGUGGGCCAGCUUGCCAGGCUUCUCUCUCCCUGGCCGGAUCUGCGAGCAGAGGAAAAAGUUUUCUAGGAGCCAUGGAUCACGUUCUGCAGUGUUUUUCUUGGCAGAGGAAUGUGUCGGCCAUCUGGACUGCAAAGAUGCCAGGAGACACCUGCCCUGCACUGAACGGCAUCCGGGUCUUGAGCCUUCUCUGGAUCAUCUCAGGACACACCAGCCAGAUGACAGCAUGGUUCUCUUUGGAUAAUGUGCUUGAAUGGAAAACCAGGGUGCCUAAAAACCCACUGUACCUUUAUUCUCGGAGUGGCCCAUUCUAUCUUGGGGUUGAUACCUUUUUCCUGAUCAGUGGUUGGUUAAGUGCAAGGUCAUUUCUAAAGAUGCAUCAGAAUUCAGACAAAAGAAUAACCCUUCAGGUCAUAUUCAGAUACUUUUUCAAUCGUCUCAUAAGGUUGCAGCCCCUUCACCUGUAUUCUGUGUGCUUCUUGGUUGGGGUGUUCUCUCUUGUUCCGUGGGGACCUGUCUGGGAAGUACCCAAAUUCCACUGGGAUAACUGCCGGCAAGCGUGGUGGACGAACCUGCUGCUGCUGAAUAACUUUGUGUUGGUUCGCAAUGCGUGCAAUGGCUGGACUUGGUACCUGGCCAACGACUUCCAGUUCCAUCUUGUGACACCAGUGAUCUUCUUCAUCUAUGGAAAAAGUCAACAUGCCCUGAUCCUGCUGGGGGCCGUGCUGUUCCUGCUGUCCUUCACUGCCACUGCCAUGCUCACACUGGCUUAUAAGCUUCCGGUGGCGUCUCUGUCUGCAGCUAGUGAAAAAGAGACUGUGUUAUAUUUCUCGGAAUAUUAUACCAAACCCUACUGCCGAUGUGGACCAUUUCUUGUGGGCCUCUUUUUGAGCAUUUUCAUGCAUCAAAACCAUCAGUCAAACCUUCUCAAAACUAAGGUGCAGGCCUUGCUGGGGUGGACUUGCUGUCUACUGACUUUGUUUGUGGUUGUUGCUCUGGCAUACAUAGUGGAUGACAUCUCCGCUGUCUCUUCUGUGGCGGCUGCCAUCUACCAGGCCCUUCACCGGACUCUGUGGGCAGCGGCUGUGGGCUGGAUCAUCUUUGCCUGCCAGGAAGGUUAUGGAGGUCUGGUGAACCAGAUGCUUUCUUGUGAUCUCUGGAGUUUCUUGGCCAGUAUUAGUUACGCCUGCUACCUGGUGCAUCCGAUGCUGAUCAUCCUUUACAAUGGACUUCAGGAGACGCUCAUCCACUACACAGACACCAACAUGUUCUAUCUUUUCUCUGGACACUGUGUGCUGACCUUGGUCUCUGGGCUGGCCCUGACGCUGUUCGUCGAGAAGCCGUGGCAGGAGCUGAAUCGGUGCCUGCAGGGCCCUGGGCGCUCUGGCUGAAACUUGAAAGAAUGGCUGGCUCUUCGCUGAUGGCGAAGACAGAGGCAGACGGCUUCCUGAUGUAAUGAGCGCCUGAGAAGGCUGUGAACCUCACACGAGUUCUCUGUGCUUAACUGUAGGAAAGAGCUCUAUGCUAGAUUUUGUAACAGUACAAUAAUCACUCUCUGUUGAAAGUUUUAGGCAAAAAUAUCUGAAUACUCGGGGGUUGGCUUGCCUCUGAUUAUAGUGUUUAAGUGAAUGAUAGUGGAUUCCCUAAAUGUCAAGGCCAGUGCAUUCUCUUAAGUGAUCUGAACUUUGGUUGUUUUGCAAACAUAAAAAAGACUUAACUUGAGCUAUUUAUUGUAAAUGUAUAUAUUAUAUUAAAGAAAAAAGAGAAUUUAAGCUCAACCAAUCAGGAACAGCCAGUGAACUUAAAGUCCCAUAUAAACUGGAGGUUUCCUGUGAAUAUGGCAGCUGCAGCCAACCCUAAUGAAUCAUAUAUUAUUUUAUGGUACUUCUGUGCCUGUAAAGGCCUCCUUCAUCCCUUUGGGUCCCCAAGGUGGUGCUCUUGAGCCACUUCUGAUUUGAACCUGCCUGAUGAUGAAAGUUGUUUGUUCGAAUAAACACUAAAAAUACAUUGUGCCUGUUUAUAUUUAACAAUACAUGAUAGUCUAUAAAUAUAGCAUAUUUAUUGUAAUUUGGGUUAUGAUGCUUACUUGGGUUAUAACGCUAUUUUCAAUAAAUUCGCCAUUUGUAGUUUUCCACAGUACAA